AAGCAGUUAGUCAGUCGAGCGGCGGAACGCAUGUCGCGCGUGAAUCGCGACAUUAAAAGGUCCCAAUUAUAAAAUAAAACGACUUAGCCGAUUUACAAGUGGCGGGAACAUUUGACGGCUGUCAACAUUUUUGUAAUAUCUUGUGUACGAAAAUUCCUGUGCUGUGUUUAAUAUUAAAUAAAUAUACGUGCUGCAUAUUUGAUUUCAAAUAAACGCCUGGAUAACUCGGUCAUUGGUUGCGCACGCGCAGCCGCUGGGCUCAGUCCGCGUCUGACCGUCGUGGUGUGCGGACCUUUAAAUGGAAAGGAUUUAGUGCUGUGUCUGUGUGUGUUUUUAUUAUUAUAUUAGUAAAUUAAAUAUAAUUGGGAAAAUCGAAAAGAAAAAUGCAGGGUCGUGACAAGUGGUGUGCUAAAUUGACGAGCGCCUUCCUGAGGAAGUGGUGGUUUGUGCUGGCUUCUGCUGUAGUGCUGCUGCUUCUGGGCAUCAUCUGCGCCAUAUUCUUCAGCAGCUGGGUACGAAUGCUGAUAGAUCAUGAGCUAGUGCUUCGCCCCGGCUCGAUGACCUUCGAGUGGUGGGCUCGGCCCCCGGUUCGUCCGUUUAUCCGCGUGUAUGUUUACAACGUGACCAACGCCGAUGAGUUCUUGAACAACGGUUCCAAGCCGAUCCUAGACGAACUCGGACCCUACGUCUACUCCGAAGAGUGGGAGAAGGUGAAUAUAACGGACAAUGAGAACGGGACCCUCAGCUUCCACUACAGGAGGACGUACACCUUCAUGCCGGAACUGAGCUCCGGUCCUGACGACGACUCGGUCGUUGUGCCAAAUAUUCCUAUGUUGAGCGCAACCUCACAAUCGAAGCACGCGGCUCGUUUUCUCCGGCUAGCCAUGGCUUCCAUCAUGGACAUCCUCAAGAUAAAACCCUUCGUGGAAGUCUCUGUGGGUCAACUGCUGUGGGGAUACGAAGAUCCGCUCCUUAAACUGGCCAAGGACGUCGUCCCCAAAGAACAGAACCUACCGUACGACGAGUUUGGUCUCUUCUAUGGGAAAAACGGCACGUCCCCGGACCCGGUGACCAUGUUCACCGGUAGCGAGGACAUCAGCAAGUACGGUAUAAUCCAACGCUACAACCACCGCGAGCGUCUCCCGCACUGGACCACGGACGAGUGCAACAGCCUCGCCGGCUCUGAUGGCUCUAUAUUCCCUCCCCACAUCACCAGGAACGACACGCUGGCUGUCUACGACAAAGACAUGUGCCGGCUUCUACCUCUGAGGUAUCUCAAAGACGUGGAAUCAGCCGCCGGCGUGGCCGGGUACCGGUUCACUCCGCCCGAGGACGUGUUCGCCGAAAACGAACACAACAAGUGUUACUGUCCCGCGGGACCCCCCUGCGCCCCCAACGGCCUGUUCAACGUGUCGCUGUGUCAAUACGAUUCUCCCGUCAUGUUGUCCUUCCCUCACUUCUACUUGGCCGAUGAAUCAUUUCGUGAAGCUGUGGAGGGGAUCUCCCCACCGGAUGCCGAGAAACAUAGAUUAUAUAUUGAUGUGCAACCGGAGAUGGGCACAGCUAUGAGAGCUCGCGCGAGGAUCCAGAUCAACCUGGCCGUGUCCCAGGUGUUGGACAUCAAGCAGGUCGCCAACUUCCCAGACAUCGUCUUCCCCAUACUGUGGUUCGAGGAGGGUAUAGACGAGUUGCCCGAGUCGGUGUCCUCCAUGCUGCGGCUGGCGACCAAGCUGCCUCCCAUAGCCAGGGCGGCGCUGGGAGGGGGGCUCACGGCGCUCGGCGCUCUACUGGUGCUGCUGGCGGUCACCUGCCUCAUACGAUCCUCUCAUCGUCAGAGCACGCUCCGCCUGGAAGGUCACGCGGUGGCCAAACCUCCGCCGGCCAACAACAAAGAGAACGGCUACGAACUGAACAGAAGGUAACGCGUGCCGCGAGCGCGUUGAAGAAAAAAAAACUACCAUUUAGUAGAAAAUAGACAAAAAAAACUACCAUACUACCAGCGCCACGCUGACAGACAAACGAUUUGGUUAUAUUUAGUCUAAGUUCGGGAACUGUAAGUCUCUGUUUAUUUAUCUGUAGCGCGUCUUAACCACCUCUUAAUGUUUUAAGUCUUCUGUUAUGUGAUAUUUUGAUUUCGAACAAAUUUCUACGUUGACAGUUUUUUGUAUAUAAUUUCAAUGUAUUUUUUUUUUUGGGGUCAGCCAUUUUUGUUUUCAUCGGCUCGGGGUUGCCAUCAACGAAAUGUAUAAAUACCAACUAGUCUGUAUCCGUCCUUAGGUUUUAGGUGUACUUUUUUUUUUACCUAAUUUCUUAGUCUCAUAACUAUUGGAGCGGUUAUCGUUAGUCAUAUUUAUAUUUAUAUCAAUACAUUUUCCAAUCAUUCUGGUAGCUGAUGUCGAGACUCGCAUCUUAUUGACAUUUCAAUGAAACAUAGUUUAAAAGAUUAUUUUUUUUAUCAUAUUAAAUGAGGUUCAACAACGACUUUGUUUUUAAUGGCAACACCGUGUUUUAAUUUUCAAGAUAUUUUUUUUUUAAACACUCUUAUAUGUUUUCUGUUUGUAUGAAUGUUGGUGGUAGAUAAAUUAUAUGUAACGGUGUUGCCAUUAGUUUUGCUCAAAUUCUGGACUUUAUUUAGACGUAAUGUAUGUGAAUGUUUAAAAUUGUAAAUAAAUGAAUAAAGGUGUAAGUUAUAA